GCACCUAGCACUGAUUUCAUAUAAUUUUCUCUCUAUACUUCUUUUAUGACUUUUGCAUAAUAUAGCAGUACUUGUAAUUUGUUGUUAGUGUGGUACCACAGCAACUAGCAUCGCAGUAAACAGACACCUCAAUCUAUGGUGUCGCUUUUCAUAAACUGUGCCGUCCGUCAUUCGCUACUAGCACCUAUACCAUCAGCCGCAUGCUGCUGGUCACUCGCGCCUGUGCUUAUACCGAUAAAGCAUCCACGUUCUCUUCGAAUUGGACUAUGAUUUGAUUCCUGCAGCGCCGAUUGUCAUAAUUGAUAUGUUCAGCUGACAACAUGGAUAGGAUUCUGGUGAUUGUCGAAUUUUGCUUUGUGGGAGUAGUUUCCUGCCCUACGGCUUUGUUUCCGUCUGACACUUACCGUCGCUCAAGUUCUUUACUCCUCGAUAUUGUCAAAAUACACUUCACUGCUAAUUCAUUUGAUUCACUGUAUACUCCUAAUUUGGAUCUCGAUCAGUUUGAAUAUUUUUGCGAAAAGCUUUAUACAACAAAUGAUCCCGAAGUACGAUCACAGGCGGAAAAGUCAUGCUCUGCGCUCAGUGAGCGCUCCGACUGUCCGUCCAUCUGUCAACUUCUACUACAGCGGUCGAGUUCUUGCUAUUCCCAGUUCAUAGCUGCAACUGCUUUGACGAAGUAUGUGUCGAAUAGAGACGUAGUCAUUCCCCUCACUACGCGAAUAGAGAUACGUGAUUACGUUCUGAACUACCUUGCUAGCCAUGCGGGAUUGGAAAAAUUCGUACAGCAGGCUCUCGUCACUCUCAUCUGCCGUCUCACGAAAGCCGGGUGGUUUGAUUCAACGGGCGAAAGCGAUGGGUUUCGUGAUAUUUUGAGCUGUUCAUCUAAGUUUAUAGAAUCUGGUCAGUCCCGUGCAGUCCUCAUCGGAGUGCAACUGUUGAACAAUUUGGUUUCCGAGAUGAACCACAACACUGAGUCCGAUACAACUCGGAUAAUCUUUUUACAACGGAAGCUGUCUGCAUCAUUCCGCGACUCGUUGCUGUUCCCCAUCUUUCGCCUCAGCUUGAGUCUGUUGCAUGAGGCGGAUAAAAAUAUUCAGUCACUGGACUUCCGAAACCCUGACCAGCAUGGCCUCGUGUCGCAUUGUUUGCAAUUGGUUCACGCCUGCCUUUCGUACGAUUUCAUCGGCACUACAGCGGGUACCGGAAGCACCAUGGGCGAUGAAUCCUCCACUGGAUUGGACGAUGUAGUUGUGAUUCAAAUUCCCACCAGUUGGCGAUCAGUGUUCCUUGAGAUGGACAACAUACGUUUGUUUUUUCGGCUAUACAACAACUUGCCAUCCGAAUUAUCCACUCUGGUGCUCUCUUGUCUUGUCCAGUUGGCUAGCAUCCGCCGUUCUUUGUUCACUAACCCUGAACGAUCCACUCUGUUGUCCACUUUGGUCGAUGGCACGCGUAACAUACUCGCCAGUCAGCACUCAAACUUGGCGAAUGAGAACACAUACCAUGAGUUUUGUCGCUUUCUGUCUCGUCUCAAGUGCAAUUUUCAACUAACUGAAUUGAUCACCCUUGAUUGCUAUGCUGAAUUCAUUCAGUUGUUGACGGCUUUUACCAUUCACACUUUAAAGUCUUUCCAACAGGAUACCACCAACGCGAACAGUCUGCAUUAUCUACUCGCCUUGUGGCAGCGCCUGAUUGCUAGUCUCCCCUACGUUCAAUCCGCCGAUUCUGGUUUGUUGGAAGAUGCUGCGUCUCAAAUAUCCGCUGUGUACAUCGAAUCGUGUCUGGCGUCUGCAACGAACUACGCAAAUUCCUCCCCCCGUAUUCGGUUGGAUGUUGCGAAGAUGAAGAAAACUGCGUCAGCUCACAAUGUUUGGGAUAUUUCGGGCUCAUCAUUCUCUCGUGGAGACCAGCUGGCUAAAUCCGGUGCGCAAAGAAACGGUCCCUUUACGCUGGACGAUGAUGACGCCGAUGGAGUGGAAUGCUUAUUGGAUGAUCAAACUACUUUGUUGCAGCAACUGGAGCAAUUUUCAGUCAUUGGGCGAUGCAACUUUGAGAAAACGUGUGCACUACUGAUUCGACUGUUCGACGAGACUGCGGGAAGCUACGAGAAGGCAUUAAGUAUGGCAAGCCAAAGCGGGACAUUGGACUCCAGUUUGUUGCAGGUUAUUCGAUUGGAUGAACAUCGCCUUGCUUGGCUUGUUUACAUGGUUGGGGCUCUUAUCAGCAGUCGAGUGAGUUACGCGAGCACUGAGGACGAUUAUGACGGGGAGCUGGUGUGUCGCGUCAUACAACUGGUCCGGCUGACCACCAGUCGCCUUAGUUUCCCCUCCGGACCUGGAAUGCAAGGCGACAGCUCAGUCGCCAUCAGCACUUCAGACCAAUUGAACCAGUCUCCCGGAGCUAUUCGACUUGAGAUCGCUAUCCUCAACUUUUUCGAACAGUUUCGUCGUAUGUAUGUCGGCGAAUCGGUCGGUCGCAUGUCCAGAGUGUAUCAAAAAUUGUCCGACGUUCUGGGAGCUGCUGAUGAUCUAGUAGUUCUCAAUGUGUUCGGCACCAAGAUUGUGACUAAUUUGAAGUAUUGGAGCUUGAACGAACCGAUUUUGAACAGGACGUUGAACCUGCUCUCCGAGCUCUCUAGAGGUUAUACAGCGAUGCGCAAACUUCUCCGUCUGGACGAUAUCCAAUUCUUGUUGAAUAACCACACUCCUGAAAACUUCCCCUUCCUCACCAUUAGCGCUGACUGGCCGACUGCCCCAUCUGUCCGUCACAAAGCUCGUUUACGCCUCCGCACUAGCUUUUACGCGUCUCUUGCUCGUUUGCUGAUGGUCGAUUUCGGAGAGGACGAGGACCGAUUCCUGAAAUUUAUGGCUCCACUGACGAAUGCUGCCAACCAGUUGAUUGUUGCCGUGCUAUCCGGUGUGCCUUCCUCACGCAUGAGUCCGAACUACAUAAACCACGCUCUGGUCGGGCUGGCCCGAGACCUGCGGGGACUUUCGUCCAGUCUGAACACAAAAUCCGCAUACCAAAUGCUAUUGGAUUGGCUCUACCCUACCGGAUUCAAAUUGUUUGCCCGCGCUCUGGAAUUGUGGCCACUUGAUCCAACACUGAACGUGUCGGUGCUCAAAUUGUUGGCUGAAAUCGUACACAAUCGAAAUGGGCGCCUGUUGUUUGACCCCACGGUGCCGACAGGAUACCUGUUGUUCACCGAAUUGAGCAGAAUUCUCACUGCAUUUGGUGUACAGAUCAUCCCUAACACUCGUGAGGUACCAAAACAGUCACUUUAUCAGCUCAAAUUGAAGCCAAUAAUUGCUGCCCUUGAUGCGCUUAAAGUUUGUUUAAGCGGUGGCUUCAUCAAUUUUGGAGUGUUCAGCCUUUAUCGUGAUGAUUCUCUGGAGAAAGCGGUCGAAAUGGGUGUGCAGUUGAUGCUGUCUCUGAACGAUUCGGAACUACAGGACUACCCCCGUGUCGCCCAAUCAUUCUACCUACUACUGGAGUAUUUACUGAACGAUCACGUCGCGUUUGUUGGUUCCCUUGGAGAUGGCGUGCUGAACCACUUUAUGCGAACCAUUGCUAACGGUCUCCUCUCCAUCGACACCACAGUGGCAGAAAACUGUUGUCUGUGUCUAGAUUACAUCUUGACACACAUCUUCAAGUUGGCACAGUCGCAACAGAAUCAACGUAGCUCCGGUGUUGGUUUGGUCUCGUCGCCUGGUCCCUCUGACGACCCGUUGAGACUAAUUUCACUUGAGAGCAGUGCCCUAGUCUCGAACGGUGCCAACCAACUGAGGCGUUACGGAGUUUCUGGUUACGCCGUUUGGUCUGCCCGGACACCGAUUGCAGAGACCACAUUGCUCAAUUUAACGAAAUCGUCAUCAGACAACUUGACACUUCCAGCUGGCUCCACCCUUUUACAGCGUAUUCUAGUCAUCCUUCUCAGUGCAGUCAUCCAAGAGGAUUGUCGGAUUCAAUGGUCCAUGACCAGGCCACUUUUACCUUUGAUUCUGCUUAACAACGCGUAUUACCUUGAACUUCGGAAUCGUGUCAUCGCAAACUUGGCAACUAUACACCGAGAGGCAGUCACAAGGCUUUUCGAAAAGCUGAUGGAAGAAGUCGAAUUCAAUUUGAGCGGUAAAAAUCGUGACAAAUUCACUCAGAACGUUUCCACUUUCAAGCACGCGCUCGGAGAGUUUAUGAAAUGCGCCAACGCCAAAUCGCCGGAAGAGCGUGAAUCGGACGCCUUAUUGGAUGAGAUGAAUACCGGUGUGAACACGGAACAAUAUGGAACAGAGUACAUGUGUCUGAGUAGCACUAUCCUCCAAGCAGCCGGUUUCGAUUGA